CUGGACCAAGUAACCGGGAGCUAUGGAGGGACUAGGGGCCCCGGGCUGCAGCUCGGAGCCCCUGGCGACCGCGGCCCGCGAGCUGCUGCUGGCGGCACUGGAGGACUUGAGCCAGGAGCAGCUGAAGCGCUUCCGCCACAAGCUGCGGGACGCGCGCGCCGGCGGCCGUGGCAUCCCGUGGGGGCGCCUGGAGCUCGCGGAUGCUAUGGACCUCGCAGAGCAGCUGGUCCACUUCUACGGGCCAGAGCCCGCGCUGGACGUGGCCCGCAAGACGCUGCAGAGGGCGGACGUGCGCGACGUGGCUGCGCGACUCAAGGAGCAGCGGCGGCAGCGGCUUGGUACCGGUUCCUCUGCGAUGAUCUCCGUGGCUGAGUACCGCAAGAAAUACCGGGAGCACGUGCUGCGGCAACACGCUAAGGUGCGCGAGAGGAACGCACGCUCGGUGCGUAUCAACCGGCGCUUCACCAAGCUGCUCAUCGCGCCAGAAGGCACCGCCGGCGGGGACGUGGCGCCGGGAACUACGGACGAACCCCAGGAAGAGCGCGCGCGGCGCUCGGACACGCGCACCUUCAACCGGCUCUUCGGGCGCGAUGAGGAGGGCCAGCGGCCGCUGACCGUGGUGCUGCAGGGCCCGGCGGGCAUUGGCAAGACCAUGGCGGCCAAGAAGAUCCUGCUAGACUGGGCGGCGGGCAAACUGUACCAGGGCCAGGUGGACUUCGCUUUCUUCGUGCCGUGCCGGGAGCUGCUGGCGAACCCGGGCGCGCGUAGCCUGGCCGACCUGGUCCUGGAGCAGUGCCCAGACCGCCGUGCGCCUGUGCCGCAGAUGCUGGCACAGCCGGAUCGGCUGCUCUUCAUCCUGGACGGCGUGGACGAGCUGCCCGCGCCGCCCGGGGCCCUGGAGGCGGCCGCGCCCUGCACCGAUCCCUUCGAGGCCGCGAGCGGUGCGCGAGUGCUGGGCGGGCUGCUAAGCAAAGCGCUGCUGCCCGCAGCCCGCCUGUUGGUGACCGCGCGUGCCGCCGCCCCGGGCCGCCUGCGCUCGCCGCAGUGCGCCGAGGUGUACGGCUUCAGCGACCGCGACAGGAAGAAGUACUUCUACCGCUUCUUCGAGGAUGAGCGCGGCGCGGCGCGCGCCUACCGCCUGGUCAAGGAAAACCAGACGCUCUUAGCGUUGUGCUUCGUGCCUUUCGUGUGCUGGAUCGUGUGCACAGUACUGCGCCAGCAGCUCGCGCUGGGCCACGACCCCGCGCACACGCUCAGGACCGCCACGGCCGUGUACCUGCUCUUCGUCACCAGCUUACUGGACGGCGGUGCCGGUGGGGCGCAAGCCGAACUCCGCAAGCUGUGCGGCCUGGCGCGCGAGGGCACCCUGGAGCGCAGGGCGCGGUUCACGGAGCAGGACCUGGGGCGCCUGCAGCUGCGCGGCUCACCCGUGCAGACCUUGUUCCUAAGCAAGAAGGAGCUGCCCGGUGUGCUGGAGACUGAGGUCGCCUACCAGUUCGCCGAUCUCAGCUUCCAGGAGUUCUUCGCAGCCCUCAGCUACUUGCUGCCGGACGAGAGAGCUCCGGAGUCGGUGGCGGCCAGGGACCUGGAGACCCUGCUGCCCCGCGACGGCCGGCCGCGCGCCCACCUGGCGCUCACCACGCGCUUCCUCUUCGGGCUGCUAAGCACCGAGCGCACGCGCGAGAUCGAGCGCCACUUUGGCUGCACGGUGUCAGCGCGCGUAAAGCAGGACGCCCUGCGGUGGGUGCAGGGCCAGGGCGGGAGCAGGGGCUGCCAGGGGUUCGAGGCCGUGGAGGAGCCCGGCGAAGAGAAAGGGGAGGAGGCGGACGAGGAGGACGAGGAGGAAGACGGGGAGGAGCUGGGCGAGGACCUCAACUACCCGCUGGAGGUGCUGUACUGCCUGUAUGAGACGCAGGAGGAGGCGUUCGUGGGCCACGCCCUGCGCGGCCUGCCCGAGCUGGUGCUGGAGCGGGUGCGCCUCAACAGCAUGCACUUGGCGGUUCUCAGCUACUGCGUGAGCCACUGCCCCGCCGGGCAGGCGCUGCGGCUGGUGCGCUGUGGGCUGGUCGCAGUGCGACAGAGGAAGAAGAGGAGCCUCGUGCAGCGGCUGCAGGGCAGCUCCAGGACCAACACGAAGCCGCCGCCGGCCUCCCCGCUGCACCCCCUCUGCAAGGCCAUGGCGGAGCCGCAGUGCGGACUGAGCAUCCUCACGUUGUCCGGCUGCAGACUCUCGGACGCCGUCUGCCGAGACCUCGCCGAGGCCCUGGGGACAGCGCCGGCCCUGACGGAGCUGGGCCUCCUGCACUGCGGCCUCAGCGAGCCCGGCCUGCGCAUGCUGGGGCAGGGCCUGGCGGGGCCCGCGUGCCGCGUGCGGGUGCUCAGGCUGCAGCCCGGCGCCCACCCUGGGGUCCUGCAGUACCUGGUCAGCCUGCUGCGGCUCAGCCCGGCGCUUACCACCCUGGACCUGAGCGGCUGCCAGCUGCCCCCGCCGGCUGUGACCUACCUGCGUUCCAUCCUGCAGCAGCCGGGGUGCAGCCUGAAGACCCUCAGCCUGGCCGCUGUGGAGCUGAGUGACCAGUCGCUGCAGGAGCUGCGGGCUGUGAUGGCAGCAAAGCCGGACCUGGUCAUUGUCCACUCAGCACUGGGUGGCCCUCUCGAGACCUCGCUGGAGACCAUCAGUGCCCUCUGAAGCCUGGGCACCUGUGGAGCA